AUGAUUUCUUAUUCACAUCAAAGUAACAGAGUGAUGAAGGAAUCCAAGCGAGCAAGGACAUUAGAUGGGGUUGAUUUGAUCAGUAACUUGCCAGAUCGUGUUCUUCAAUUGAUUCUUUCAGGUAUUCCAAAUACAGAAGAGGCAAUUAGAAGCAGCAUUUUGUCGAGCAGAUGGAGGUAUUUGUGGACUUCAAUUCCCUCCAUAGACAUAGAUUAUACCCGAGGUCUAGAACACGAUCCCCAAAUGGUAUUGGAAAGUAUUGGAUUCAAAAAUUUUGUUUCUUGGGUUUUACUAAACAAACCCAUUGAUUUGGAUAGUUUUCGUUUACGUUGUGCGGAUUACUACGAUAUGACGACCAUAAGGCAGUGGAUUCAUGCUGCUGUUGUGAGAAAAGUCAAACUACUUGACUUGAUGUUUAGCCCAAUAGACGAGUCUGAGGAUAUUGAGAUGCCCUAUUGUCUGGUGACUUGUGGUUCUUUGGAAGUGUUAAGGUUAUGUUUGCUCGGAUAUCAUCUAUGUUUGCCUAAGAUUACAGGGUUUUCUGCACUUAGGGUUCUUGAGUUGAAUGAUGUUACGUUAAAAAAGGGUGAUUUGGUAAAAUAUUUUCUUGAAAGCUGCCCGUUGCUUGAGGAUUUGAGUUUGUUACACUGCUAUGCUGAUAAACUUGUUAUUGCAUGUCCAAAGCUCAAGAAUCUGAGAAUUGAAAACCGGGAAAGAGUUUUUGAUUAUGAAACAGAAGAUUACAUAGAUUGUAGGAUGAGUUCAAGUGUUACGAUUUGUUGCCCAAAACUGGUGCUUUUGAACUUAACUGGCUCUGUAUCUCGUGAUUUUAUUCUCUACAAUCUGUACUCCUUGAAGAAAGCUUGGAAUCUGUCCAUCAGCCUUUACUGUGUGGGACAGUGCUAUUGGCCAGAAGAAGAUGAGCCUGUAUCUCUACCUAAUCUCAAGACUUUGGAGAUAACAGUUGAUGCAGUGCAUAGGCUCAUCCCAUUUCUCAAAUGCUUUCCCGAUUUAGAGUCUCUUCAUUUGAUCUUUAUAAACGAAUCCUCACUUUUGGACCCAAUGGAAAAGUGUUUUUAUCGAGCGGACAAGUGCAAAUUAAAAAAUGCUGCAACAAUCAACUUCGUGACUCCUCUUCUUAAAAAGGUGGAGUUUCAUGAUUAUGAUGAAGAACAUCUAGCUUUAGCACGUGCCUUAUUGGAGAAUGGAAGUGCAUUGGAGGAAAUGGUUUUCAUUUGGGUUGAUGAAGCCAAGUUCCAUGAAAAGUCAUUGGAGACUAUGAAUCAAGUCUCAAACUUUCACAAGGCUUCUUCAAAUGUCAAACUUAGAUUUGUAAUCAACCCAAGACAAACCAAAUCGAUAUUGGCCCCAAAAAGAUUUGAAGCUGACUCAAGCAAGUGCUCGAGCAACUCGAGUAUUAAACUACUUGGCUGUUGAAGUCCGUGAGCUCAGUCAAAGUUACAGUUUUACCCUUAUUUGGUACAUUGUAUGACUGAGGUUAAACUCAUGACUCUACUCAAUGAAGGACUGAUGUUGUAAGCUUUGUAUUAAAAACUGUGCAAGUAGUAGCUACUUUAUUCAUAUUGUAGGUAAACCGGAUCUCUUUGUUUCAAUGGUUCUUGGAU